GCUUAGAACACCAAGCAAAAUGCUUCUGACUUUCCCGAAAAAGGUCAGCAGUAUUCAGCAACCGGCCUUAUUGAGGACACCACACACAUUCAUUAAUUGUCUCAUUCACCUUUGCUACGAAUCCAUUCAUUAUGGAUCUUCACCCGCCCACUCCUUUGUCAGGUUGGGAAAGCAACAAAGGAUUUCCCAUUUCCCAUUGUUCGCCCAAAUCGUCGUCAUCCCCAGAUACCUCACCUACCGAAUGCUUCCAUCUCUAUCCUGAAACUUCAACAACACCCUCUUCAGCUUGGAUAUCCCGGAUCAUUGGUCCUCUUUGGAUGCAGCAUCUAUCCAAUGUAUUACAGCAUCCAUCGAAGCAAGCAGCGCAGCCUCAAUCGGCACCUUGUACAGUAUUACGCAUACAUCCUUCAGGUACUCGAUCUACUGCUUCUAGGCGAAGCCUUAACGCUCCCCAAACAAUCAAGCAGUGUUCUUCAGGCUCUGAACAGAGACGAUCUCACUACUACCACCAUCAACCCAAAAUGUCUCGCAGAAGAUCACCUGGACAACCAGCCACUGUCUUCCACAUGAAAACAAGGAGCAGUGCACAGAAAGCCACUCCAGACUCAGUCAAGUCUACAGAAGAGAGCUCAACGACGUCAGCUAUUGCUUCACCAUCAUCACUAGGAACCUCCCCAACACCCACAAGACCACAAAAGCGGAAGCUGUCGCAAACAGAUCUAGACCAACCGAAGAAUGUCCCAAACGUUAAGCGACCCUCACCCGAUGAACCCAUCAUCAAGGAAGAAUCACCUACCCCCAUCGUGGAGAAGCUCAAUAUUGACCCGAUGGAGCAGCGACAAAACACCGCCGACCUGACUACAAAAGCCAACGACCGCUCUACUCGAUCGCAUCCAGCAUCACACGAUGGUACCUCCGGCUCUCCUUCUCCCAGAAGGCCUGCAAAGGGCGGUGGCCGUGCUCGCGGAGGUGGUCACACAAACGGCGGCGGGCCCAAGAAGGGUAAGCAGAAAGGCAGGGCAGGCCGAGGCGGUGACAGCCCGGAGCCACCAAAUCGAAGGCGUCCACUGACACAGGACGAACGUGUCGAGAUCUCCAUGCUUAAAACGAGGCAACAUGAGCUUAAGAGGUUCUUUGCCAUCGUAGGAGCUCAACAGGCUGAUAUCCUGGACCAAUUGGCCACUAAAGGCCUCUCCAAAAUUGCCAGAAAACCCAAAGCACACACCCAUGUGCCCGAAUACGAUACAGUUAGAGAGGGCCUUGAGACAACAUUGGAAGAUAUCCAGGAAAUGGUACGAACCCGAUAUCGAUUACAAGUCGAUCAAGAAAUACAACGGAUGAAGAGGGAAAAAGAAGUCAUCCAACAACAGUUCAAGACUCGUCUCGAAGAAGCACACAAGGAACAUCUUUCCGGUGCAGAAGGAGACAUCAUCCUCUUUGAACGGGCAUAUCGUGCAGCCCAUGACGACACUCACACCGAAUCCGGUUCUGAUGUCGACGGGUUUCCACGCUAUCAUGAGCUUCCCGAGCCAGACACUCAGCCUCGUGGCUACGUCUCUCGCAAGAUCAUGGAUGAGAAAUCUUUCAAGCUUCAACUCACGUCAUAUGAUGAACGAGCACGGCAGCAGGUCCUCAAUGAAGAGGUCAUCGCACCUCUGCUCAAACAAAUGGAGGAACGAGAUAAUGAGUGGCGGGAAGAGCAAGAACGCCUGAAAUCACUCAAUCUUGGCGCUCUUACUACCGAAGCUAUCAAGGAGCUCGACAAUAUCAAAGAGAGCCAGAAGAGACCUACUACUGCUGACAGUUUUGUGGAUUCAAGGAGCUCUUAUGCUCUGUCAGCACUUGCCGAUGUCUCGGAAUGGGCCGCCCAACAACGUCAAGAACGGCCAUACAGACAUGUGCCACAGACACUUGCACCUCCCCCUCCACCACCUCCUCCGCCGGCGCCAGUCUCUGCUCCAACCCCUGCAAUAGCAUCGGCACCCGCCUCAGCGACAAGGGAGCCAUUCUUCAUGGGCCCAUUCGGGUUAUUCAACCGUCCAGCAUCAAGAGCGUCAAGUCUUCGUUUCAAGAACAUUCUCAAUGGCGAUCCUCCGACCACAACUACCACUACUACUACGGCUUCACCUGUACCGCUGCCAAUCCCGGCUAGUAACAGUACGCUACUAACAUCAACUCCCGACUCCACCGAUAGGAUCGCGACACGACCAGUCUCGAGUUCGGCCUCCGGCGGACCAGGGCAAGCCAUCGCCCCAGCGCCGCCGAAACCGCGAUACUCGGUGUUUCGACAUACAAAUGGUCGCUCCGGUCUUGCUAGUGCUUUGUCGCUAGCUGGUGUUGCUCCUCAGCAGUUCAUAUUCCAACCACCUCAACAGCCGUUUCAGCAUCAAGCGGCGCCGGGCCGACCGAGAUCUCGCGCUGGAUCGAGAGACGGCAUCGCAAGUGCAGGUGGAUCCGAGUCGCCAGCGCCGCAGUUUGCCGCUGCGAAUGCGGCAAGGACGAAUACGAGUUCGCCAGCUGAGAACCAGAGAAAGAUGACGUUUGUCAAUCAGACUAUAGCUAGUCGGAAUGCGGCUGCUGCAUCGGCGGGUUCGACGCCGCCUAAGGGUGGCCAGAGGAUGUUGUUGCCUAAGGUGUGAUACUUGUUGGCGAGAGCAAGAGAUGGUGGGAAAACCUGGGUUUUGACAUAAGCUAUAACACUGCGAGGGCCUUCUUGGCUGAUACGUCAGAGCGUCCAACUUCACUGGAUAUAGAGGUAGUGACUGCAUAUCAGGGCCACUCCUCACUUCAAUCAUGGUAGCGAAGGACAAGAUAUCAAGAAUGGACGUUCCGCG